AUGCUAGCCCUGGCCUUCGCCGGCCUGGUUGCCCAAACCACCGCCCAUCUCAACCAAGUCACAGUCUACAGCGGCGGCGGCUGCACCGGCAACUCUGUCUUCGCCAGCACAGACGUAAGUGCAAAUUACUGCUUCGAGGGCCUGGGCGGCGCCUCGUUCGGCGGUUUCGGCAGCACCUGCGGACAGGGAGGAGGGUUUGUCACCACUUGGUCGGGCGGCAAUUGCGAGGGGUCGUCGCAGACCUUCUCCUUUCCCGAGGGAUGUCAGACGAUUCCUUUUGUCCCAACAAACCUGACAAUAUGGGAAUGGGCCUUCGAAUCCCCGGAGUACUCUCCCGUCAUACGAUACCCUAAGGAGAAACUCGGUAGCUACAUCAACGCCAUUACGAAGGAACGGCUCGAUUUCGCAGACGUAAAAUUAAAAGCCACGCUCUUGAGCGCCGCGCUCGUGAACGAAUAUGGACUCCAACCCGGCGAUACGGUCUCACUCUUCUCGACGAAUACGAUUUGGUAUCCUGUUGUGAUGUGGGCCACGCUUCGAGCGGGAGCGUGCGUCAACGGCGCCUCACCAGCCUACAACGUCGAAGAAAUGACCCACGCGCUGCAAACCGCCGGAACGAAGUUCGUGCUCACCCUCCCCAACGCCAUCGAAGCGGCGCGAGCGGCGUGCGCAGCAGUGGGGAUCCCCGAACGCAACAUCUUCCUCCUCGAAGGCGAGCACGCCGGCUUCACCAGCAUCCAAGACCUCAUCGAGCUGGGCAAGUACUGCACCGAGCCGGCCGUGCAUCCCUUACCCGCCGGCAAAACGAAUCGUGAUGUGUGUGCCUUCCUCAACUUCUCCAGCGGUACGACUGGCUUGCCGAAAGCGGUUAUCCUCUCGCAUCACAACAUCAUCGCGCAAUGUCACCAGCUACGACAGUUGCAGGUCGUCCCUCCGGGCGAGCGGUACAAGAUCCUUGCCGUCAUGCCGCUCUUUCACAUCACGGGGCUCGUGCGCUUCUGCAACUAUCCGGUCUUCAUGAAUGGGGACAGCAUCAUGCUGCCCAGCUUCACAAUGGACAGCAUGCUGAAAGCGAUUGUGGAAUUCAACGUGCCCGAGUUGAUUCUAGUCCCACCGAUCCUCAUCCGUAUGGUCCGCGAUCCGAUUGUGGACAAGUACCUCCCCGAUCUCCAGCGCAUUGUGAAACGCUGGUCCUCCGGCUCCGCACCCAUUGCACCAGAAAUCAUCCAAUUGCUCCGCAAAAGGUUCCCGGAUACCGGGUUUCGGCAGGGAUAUGGCGGGACCGGCAAGUCGUUAUCGUUGUCCGUUGAAGAAGACGAAGCUAACAAUUGCGCAGAAAGCACGGCGUGCAUUUCCUGCCAUCCCCCAACGCACUACGACUACAAGUACGCAAGCACCACCGGUUUGCUAGUCGCCAACACCGUGGCCAAAGUCCUGGAUCUAAACGAUCCAACGAAAGAACUCGGUCCGAACGAGACAGGCGAAAUCCUGGCCAAGGGACCGCAGAUUGCCUUGGGCUACUUGAACAACCCCAAAGCUUCAGCGGAAACGUUUGACAAGGACGGCUUCUUCCAUACCGGAGACGUUGGACACUUUGACGACGAAGGCCUCAUCCACAUUGAAGACCGCAUCAAGGAAAUGAUCAAAGUGAAGGGGCAACAAGUCGCGCCCGCCGAACUCGAGGAUUUGCUUCUGGGGCAUGACUUGGUGGAGGACUGCGCCGUGCUCGGGCUCCAGGAUAUGUACGCUGGCGAGCGACCAAAGGCGUACGUGGUUUUGAAGCAAGGCGUGAAGCCUAGCGAGGAGGUGGGGAGGAAGCUGUUGGCGUUUGUGAAGGAGAGAAAGGUGAGGUAUAAGUGGAUUCAGGAGAUUGAGUUUGCGGAGGUGGUGCCGAAGACGCCGACGGGGAAGACGUUGAGGAGGGUGUUGAAGGCGAAGGAUAGGGAGGAGGGGAGGAAGAGGGGCGUGGUGGUUGUUGAUGAGAGGGAAAAGGCGAAGCUAUAG